AUGCCGCCGCCGAACACCCCGGAGGAAGGGGCGCUCGCCACGGCUUCUUCGGAGCCAAGUAGCCCGGAGCCGGCCCCAGUUCCCCUGACGGCCCCAAACAGCCCUAGUGCCAUCGGAUUUGCAGAGUUCAAGUACAUCUUCAUCACGAAACUCGAUUACCAAGCCAUCGAGUACGUCGGCGAAGUUGACGACACCCUUCUUUGCCCGGUGUGCAGGACACCUUUUAUCUCGCCAAUCACAACACCAUGUGGCCACACUUUUUGCCGGGAAUGCAUCGACCGGGCGUUGGAGACACAGUCCACCUGCCCUAUCGACCGCCAGCGGAUCAGGAAAACACGCGACUACCAUCUCUGUCCUCUCAUUAUCAAGGAACAGCUGGACCGGCUCAUGGUGAAGUGCCCGAACAAGGGAUGCAACCAUCAGUGCCCUCGCGAACACCUUGAGGGACACUACAAGCGGCGUUGUGAUUUCACCUUGGUUCAGUGCACGGGUCCCGACUGUGUGAAGCCGAUUACUCGACGAGUAGCCCGGAAACGCCUCGGAGGGUGUAUGCAUGAUGAGGUCGACUGCAGACAUUGCGGCGACAAGGUCUGCUCUAUGGAGCUCGACAGCCACUACGACAACGACUGUAUGGGCCGCGUUGCGGUAUGCUCGGACUGCAGACAAGUGAUGCCCAACCCCAGCAUGACACGACACAAGCAUGAGGACUGCCCAAAGGUUGACGCGCCGUGCAAAUGGCACUCGGCAGGUUGCAGGGUUUUCAAGAGGCGAGAACUCGUCAAGAAGCACGAAGCUGAAGGCUGUAGUUUUGAGGUCAUCAGCCGGAUGCUUCAACAGCAGGCCGAGGACCGCAAGAGGCUCGACGAAAUGGCCAGGCAUGUUGCCAGAUGCGAGGAACGCCACGCACGAAGGGAGGCUCGGCGAGCGGCCCGAGCCCAAGCUCAUGCGACAGCCCACGGCACUAACAACAACAAUGAUCACCGCAGCAUCGAGGCCACCCACUCCGCCGCCCACUCCGCCGAACCCUCUAGUGACGGGGACGGCGACGUUGGCGGCUCAACCGAGGACUACGUGCUUGCCCAGUUCGAGCGCCUUGAGUCAGAGCUGGAGAUACUCCGUCAGCAGUCGCGCGAUAUGGACGCGCGUCAGUCCCACAUUAUCCUCCAGCACGCGGCUCAUUUCAGCGACCAGAUUGCGGAGAUCGGCAGCAAGGUCGGAGUUGUCAACAUGCACCUAUCAUGGCUCAUGAGUCUGCAGCGCCAGAGCCGCUCAUCCACCGCGGCCGCCGCUAUUGCCGGCGCCGCUGCCUCUGUGGCCUCUGGCUCCAGCAGUGGUGCCAGGCCUGGUUCUUCAGAUGGCAGCGGCUGGCGGUAUUCGGGGGAUGACCGUCGGUAUAGCGAGGGCGGUCGGCCGGAGAGCCUUCAUCGACUUUGA